CCGGAUGACACAAGUCAAAGCAGGCUGCUGUAAACAGACGCAGGGGUAUUCAUGGUGCAAUGUAAGAGAAGACUUUUGACGGGUAUUUGAACAACUACAGUGUACUGAGCAAUGGCAUUGGAGAAAUUUGUGUCCAAGACUCUGGAGCUUCUACAGGAGGAGCGGGAGGCUGAAAUAGAGGAAACCAAGAUAUGGCAGGAGAACAUUUCCUUGAAGGAUCUUCAGAAUAAAGGAGUUUGCCUGCUGAAGCUUCAGAUAGGGAGUCAGUCCACCGGCCUGUACGGUCGCACCGUCAUCGUUUUAGAGCCAAGGAAGCAUCUCGGUUUCUCCUCCCUUCCGAGCAACAGCUUUGGGCCAGGCGAUAUUGUUGGCAUAUAUGACCCUUCUGGGUGCAGUGCAGCCUCACAGAUCUGCACAGGGAUAGUAACAAGGAUCAGCCAAGCUUCUAUCAGUGUGGCCUUUGACGACCUGAAGGAUGGAGCCAGCUUUGAUUCAGAUGGUCUUUAUAAUCUCUUGAAGCUGGCCAAUGAUGUUACCUACAAACGGAUGAAACGGGCCUUAAAUGUAUUAAAUGGCUACAGAACCGGACCAGCUUCCAGUCUGAUACAUGUUCUCUUUGGAGAUGCGCAGCCUUCUUCUCACUCACAGUCAAAUGAGUUUGCGUUCUUUAAUUCCGAAUUGGACGAUUCCCAGAGAGAAGCUGUAUCCUUCGCUCUUUCGCAGAGAGAGCUGGCUGUGGUUCAUGGACCUCCAGGCACAGGAAAAACCACCACAGUGGUGGAGAUCAUCCUGCAAGCUGUGAAACAAGGCCAGAAGGUCCUGUGUUGUGCCCCCUCAAAUGUUGCCGUUGAUAAUUUAGUGGAGAGGCUUGCUCGCUGUAAAGCCAAAGUCUUGAGACUGGGCCACCCCGCCAGACUGCUGGAAUCCAUCCAGAAACACUCACUGGACGCCAUCCUCGCUCAGAGCGACAACGCAAACAUCAUCGCCGACAUCCGGAAAGACAUCGACAAAGCAUUGGUGGGGAUGAAGAAGAAAAGCGAAAAAGGAGAGCGAGGAAACUUUAAACGUGAAAUAGGAGAGCUGAGGAAAGAGCUGAAAAACAGGGAGACGGCAGCCAUCGCUGAGAUCCUGAAGAGUGCUGAUGUUGUGUUGUCCACAAACACCGGUGCAUGUGACGACGGUCCUCUGAAGUUCCUGCCGGCAGAGCAUUUUGAUUGGGUGGUGAUCGAUGAGUGUGCACAGGCCCUGGAGAGCAACUGCUGGAUCGCUUUACUCAGAGCGCGCAAAUGCAUCCUAGCUGGAGACUACAAGCAGUUACCACCAACCAUCAAAUCACAAACAGCUGCAGCUAAAGGCCUGUCCCUGAGUCUCAUGGAGAGACUUAUUCAUACGUAUGGGGACUCGGUGGUCCGUAUGUUAACAGUUCAGUACCGCAUGAACAGUGCUAUCAUGGAAUGGGCCUCCAAGGAGAUGUACCAUGGACGAUUAACCGCUCACAGCUCCGUGGAGAAACAUUUAUUGAAAGAUCUGCCGGGCGUUGCCUGCGUCGAAGAGACCAGCACGCCACUUCUUCUGAUCGACACCGCAGGGUGCGGUCUGAGCGAAAUGGAGAUCGCAGACGAGCAGUCCAAAGGCAACCAAGGUGAGGUCGACAUUGUUUCACUGCAUAUAAAGAGCCUGACGGAAGCCGGAGUAAAGGCUAAAGACAUUGCUGUUAUCGCGCCGUAUAAUCUACAAGUGGAUCUUCUGCGUCAGAAGCUUUCUGCACGUCACCCAGAGAUGGAAAUAAAGUCUGUGGACGGAUUUCAGGGCAGAGAAAAGGAAGCUGUUGUGCUGUCGUUAGUUCGCUCCAACAGAAAAGGUGAGGUGGGUUUUCUUGCAGAGGACAGACGGAUAAAUGUCGCCGUCACACGCGCAAGACGUCACAUCGCCGUAGUGUGCGACACGCAGACAGUUAGGAAUCACGCUUUCCUCAAAUCUCUGGUCGAUCACAUGACCGAGGUCGGUGAGGUCAGAACUGCAUUUGAGUACCUGCAAGAUAUCGUGCCACAGAACUACACCCGUGAUCGUAAAGACACAAAGACCAACACUUCCUCCACGUCUAGCAAGCAGAAGAACAGAGAUCAGGCUCCAGGUAAAGCAAAGGAAGGCCAGAAAACGACCGGCAGCUCUAAGGACGACACAGCUGGUUCACAGAAUCACACAAAGUCCCACACAUCAGCCCAGAAAGACCAAAAAGACAACAAGAGCCGAUACGCUGAGAUCAGACUGCAAGUGGAGAAUUUCAUGAAGGAUGUAAAUAUGAAGAAUUUACAGUUCCCAUCAUCCUUCAACUCCCACGAUCGCCUGCUGAUCCACCAGAUCGCUGAGGAGCUGGGCCUCGUUCAUGAGAGCAGAGGAGAGGGCGGCGGCAGGUGCAUCACCGUCUCCCGGCCGGUGGCAUCGGAGCCUGUCGAGGAGCCGACGCAGGAGGAAACCCCAGAGGAGGAACCUGCUCCUGCUCUGCAGAGUGAGCCGCCACCAUCCCAACCUUCAGUAGAUCUGAAGACGUUGCAUCUGGAGAGAAUGCGAAGGGAGCAGCAGAAGAGGGAGGAAAAUGUCCAGCAAAAGAAGCAACAGAACUGCAACCCUGCAGCUCAGGGAACAAAGAAGUCUAAAGGAAAGAACAAAACGAAGGCAGGGGCCUGUGACAUCGCUGCUGCCGCCGUUCCAGAUGAUGACUUUGAUGCUCUCAUCAGCGCUGUCGUGAAGGCGGACAGUGUUUGCAGUUUUGUGAAAUGCAAAGCGUCUGUGUUGACACUCGGCCAGCUUUGCAUCUACUGCAACCGGCAGUUCUGUCUCAGUCAUCACAUACCGGAGGUUCAUGGCUGUGGAGAUAAGGCAAAGUCUCACGCUCGGAUGAGAAUAAGCAAAGAGGGGGUUCUUUAUGCCGGGAGUGGGAAGAAAGACAAAUCGUUGGACCCUAAUAAGAAAGUGUACCUACAAAGAAAACUGGAUUCUAAGCUGAAAGAUAUGGCAUCACAAAGAAAAUCAAAGAACAAGGAGAAGGACACUUAAUGUCUUAAAAUAACCUCUAUAGUUUAUUGAAUGUGAAGACUUUGUUCUAAAUAAAACAGCUCAAAUAUUCAACUCAAAA